CAGAAAUUUGUUAAAUCAUGCUCGAAGACUAAUCCCUUUUCCGGGAAAAUUGAGUGGAUAAUGGAGUAGGAAGUUGGGGCUCAGUAGUCAGCACUAGCUAGCAAUAUAGAAUCAGAAUCUCACUUACCAAACCAGAAAAAUAAUACUAUUAUUUUGCAUCUUUUGCUUUUCCAUUUUGUGAGCAGCUAUUUCUCAAGACGAGACUGAAGUUCUCUAAGAAACGACUUCAUUCGGACGAUGACUUCGAGCUCAGGAAAGUUUCCUUCUCUUCCUCCUCUUGAGUGGAAGUUCUCUCAAGUCUUUGGUGAAAGAAUUCCUGGUGAAGAUGUUCAAGAUGCUGAUGUUGUAUCUGCAAUUGAAUUCGACAAAAGUGGGGAUUACCUUGCAGUUGGAGAUAGAGGCGGCCGUGUUGUGAUUUUUGAAAGAAAAGACAGGAAAGAUACUCCAAACCAAUACAAUUCUCGAAAUGAGUUGGAGACAUUGGAUUUCACCUUCACAGGACAUCCCAUAUAUCAAUACAAGACCGAAUUUCAGUCUCAUGAACCCGAGUUUGAUUAUUUGAAGAGUUUAGAGAUUGAGGAGAAGAUUAAUAGAAUAAAAUGGUGUGCAACUCCCAACGGAUCAUUAUUUAUCCUUUCAACAAAUGAUAAGACAAUUAAGUUGUGGAAGGUUAAGGAAUGUAAGGCUAAGAAAGUAAAAGAAAUAGACCCCACUUCAAUAGUGUGUUCAGAAAGUGCCCUUUUGGCUGAAAGAAGUUUCAUAAGAGAGCAAGGCAAACCAUCUAAUGGCUAUCAUCUGGGAUGGACAGAGAAUAACAGCUCGCCAUUCCAAGAAGGGCACACCAAGUUUGCUUGUGCUGAAGACACAACUCGUGCUAGUUGUCGAAAGGUGUAUGCUCAUGCUCAUGAUUUUAACAUCAACUCAAUCUCUAACAAUAGUGAUGGUGAGACAUUUAUUUCUGCAGACGACCUCCGCAUUAACUUAUGGAACCUUGAGAUCAGUGAUCAGUGUUUCAAUAUCAUUGACAUGAAACCAUCAAACAUGGAGGAUCUUACUGAGGUCAUAACAUCAGCUGAAUUCCAUCCACUCUACUGUAAUAUGCUUGCAUACAGCAGCUCCAGAGGUUUUAUUCAUCUAGUUGACAUGCGGCAGUCAGCAUUAUGCGAUCAGAGUGCAAGAAUUUUACAAGAUGCAGAAUGCCGCGGGUCAAAAUCAUUCUUUACAGAGAUCAUUGCAUCUAUCUCUGAUGUAAAGUUCACAAAUGAUGGACACCACAUUCUAAGUCGAGAUUAUAUGAAUUUAAAGUUGUGGGAUAUACGUAUGGAUCCUUUGCCUAUUUCCAUAUUCAAGAUUCAUGAGCACCUAAGGCCUAAGUUAUCUGAUUUGUAUAAUAAUGACUCCAUAUUUGAUAAAUUUGAGUGCUGCAUCAGUGGAGAUGGACUUCAUUUUGCUACAGGAUCUUACAGCAAUCUUUUACGAAUAUUCUCCUAUGGGGUCGGAAGCGAAAACGGCAUUACAGUGGAAGCUAGUAAGAAUCCAAACAGGAAGUCACUUCCCCGUUCCACUUCAAGGGCUAGGAGAUCAUCCUUGAGCAACCUAACACGUGGAUUUUAUUGGCAUGGAAAUGAAAAUUCAAGUUCAGGUGGCAAUGAAUUUUCCUGCGACUUGACCUCUAAGCUGCUUCAUCUGGCAUGGCAUCCAACUACAAAUAUGAUUGCCUGCUCUUCUGGAAAUAGCCUGUACAUGUAUUACGCGUAGCGACUCAAACACAGUUCGGUUGCUGCUCAUUAUGCAUAGCGUCAUGGCACGAUGUGGUACUGCUCGGAAGUAUCAAUCCAAAUGUUGCAGAGUUUGUCCACGAAUAGUACAUUAAAAAAGUAAAAAAAAAAAGUCUGACAGACGAACAAACAGAGAGCAAACGAACCGAUUGUCAGUUGGUGUAGCAAUUGUGUGAAGUUGGUGCUGAGAGGAUAUAGCUUGUGCAAUGGGCAUCCUCAGAAGGGUGUAAUUAGCAUAAUUAUGUCUAAUUCCAAUCAUAAUUUGGACUGAGAGACUAACUAGUGAUUGAAAGGAACCACUUUUCUUUAGUCUUGGAAAAUUGAAGCUGUCUGCCUGUUGUGCAUAUAAAAUAAAUAAAUAUUCCAUAGUUCUUGGAUUGGUAGUUGA